UCUGACAUCAUCAACAAGCGACUAGUAUUUGUUUUCUGCAUCUACUUUAGUUAACCGUUCAUGUAAACUUGUGUGGUAGCUAUUCGUUAGAAUUUCUUACGUUACCAAACGCUGGCAAGCAUGGCUGUAGAAUCGAGGGUCACACAAGAAGAAAUUAAGAAAGAACCCGAAAAACCGGUCGACAGAGAGAAGACUUGUCCACUUCUACUCAGAGUAUUCACCACUACUAAUGGCAGGCACCACAGGAUGGACGAGUUCGGUAGAGGGAACGUUCCUUCCAGCGAGCUCCAGAUUUACACCUGGUUGGAUGCCACGCUGAAGGAGCUCACAAGUCUUGUGAAAGAGGUCUACCCUGAAGCUCGGAAAAAAGGCACACAUUUUGGAUUUGCCAUAGUCUACCCGGACCCCAAGCGACAAGGUUACAGGGUGAAGGAUAUAGGAAACACGGUGUCCGGGCGGAAGGGUCCAGAUGACGCCAUGACUUUACAGUCCCAGCGGUUUCGUAUCGGAGACUACCUGGACAUCGCCAUCACCCCUCCCAACAGAGCACCUCCUCUCCCAGGGCGCAUGAGACCCUAUUGAUACAACCUGGCCUGUCUAUAUUUCAACAUUUUUCCCAAUUGCAUAGGUGUAUGACAUGAGUAACUUUUUUUUUUAUUUUUAUCAAAAUGGUCUUGUAUGGUGCAGUUAAACCAUACUUCAAUGUCUGGGAAUGUUUUGAAUAAAAAUGUUUAAUUUUCAA